AUGCACCGCCAACCAUUAGAAGCGUGCACGAAACGCACCGAAAUAGUAGCCGCCACUCGACUUAACGAAAUGCACCGCGAAACAGCUGCCCUAUUGUUUGCAUUCGCGAUAAUGCUGGCAUCAGCUUCCGCUUUAAAGUACGUUGACGACGAUCUUCUCCUGUUCUGGCGGAGAUCUAACUCAGAACCGUGUGAGCCAUUUACAUCAUUCAGAGUGCUGUGCAACAGAUGCGUUUGCUCAGCUGACUCUACUUUGUACUGCACCAAAAUGUAUUGCGGCAAAAGGGACGCAGAACAGAACAAAAUCAGCGAAGAGGAAUUUUUGGAGAAA